GGAAUCACAUCCAGCUGCUACGCCACAACCCCCUGUCGCAGGUUUCGUCCCGAGCCGCUCCCGAUUCCCCAAUCCACGCUCGCGCUCCAGGAUCCAGCCGCGGUUCGAUUCGCCGAGGCGACAGCGCCGUCCUGCCAACUUGAUUCGGUCCUGCAGUCAGUGUGCGCUAGGAAGUUCGUCACACGCCUCGCGGUUCUGAUUUUGUUUUCUGUUCUAGCUUUAUUUAGCUUGCUCGAUCUGUGUAGGUGUGCGUGCGAGUGUGUGGUUUCUUCGGAUUGCUUGCGCCUGCACCUAUGUGAUGAUUAUGACUAACUGCUUGAUUUUCGCCAUGUUGGUCGAUUGCUUGAUUUCGCUGUGAUGAAUGAUUUUCUGAUUCGCUUUAAGCCUCGUCGUAGAAUACUGUUUGAUGUUUUAAUUUAGUUAAAAGUCCGUCUCCAACAAUUCAAUUCAAUUCAGGUGCUGCAUGUAUUUGAUUAAUUUUUGAGUGACUGUCCCGUGGUUUGGGUAUUCUUUCCCCUUCUAGGCAGUAAUGCGGUAUGAUGUUUGCUCGGUUUUACUUGCUGGCUUGUACUGUUUGGACGUGUGGGGAUAAUUGUCGCAGUAAGCGUAUCAGUGAUUCAUAUACAUAUAUAUCGCACGAUGAGGAGGCAUUUGCUGUGCCAAUAGACUCAUGUUAUUGCAGGAAAUUUCCCUCUACAAUUUCUAGAUCCCUGCUCAUACAUCAUCAGUUCUUAGGUUGAGUUCACAACUUAUCCUUCAUCACUUCCUGUGCUUUUCCGACUAAUCCAAACUGCUAUGGACACUGGGACACUUCCUCUCCUUGUACCUGAAACGGUUCCCUGGUUUUGGUUCCUAGUUCAAUUUUCCUUGCACCAAAGGCAUAAACGAUGUUCUUUCACCAAUCAAAAUCAAUUAUUCUCCGAAGAAACAAGGAUGGGGGGAAUGCCCAUCAUCUGAACAAUUUCAUUCAGGCGUCAUUGCUGCUAGCUACUGACAGGAUAUUGGGAACGCAGCAAUUACCACUACUUGCUGCGUGCAACACUGGUUACUUAUUUUCUUUACUUCGCGGCAGUUGGCAGAGUUUUGGGGGGAAAGUAAUUUCUCUUAUGCAGGUUCUCUUGAUGGUCUUGCCUCACUAGUUAUCAAGACGAUCCCUGUUAAGUAGGAAAGUAUAGAUAGGUUACAUUUCAGGUACAAGCCAUUGAAGUCAUAUGUAGGACGCUGGAUCUCUCAAGAUGUUCUUGAUUGGAGAAUUAGACGAAGUUUAGUUUAUUUACGGAAAUGCCACGGUUUUGAACCAAAGUUCAGACAAGUUUCUUCUGUUGAAGAUGAAGCCGGUGACUGCUGGGAGAGAACGGGAGCCAGCACCACGGUAAAAUCGACGCAGAAGGAUCACUGUGUACGAAUUGCUUGGAGAUUCUUCUCUCGAUGGAUAUCAAUUGCGUAAUUUGUUCUUUCACAGCUCACUGUCCAGCUAAUCUAUUCAAGCCUUGGUUGUUUGGUCAACAAAGUGUGGGAUUUUGCUGAUUGGAAGCUGUUCGGUGUUGCUUUGGUCUUGUUUUGUUCAUAUACUUGGUCGUCAGCAGUAUACAACAACAAGAAAUGCAUGCAGUGGUUUCCUCCUUUUUUGGAGCUGUGACUGCACUCUAUAUUGAGAGCCAUCCUGCUAAAUGCAUAAAACUUGCAGGUAGUUGUGUUGUGUUUCCAGCGUGAUAGCUUUAGCGGCAUAAAUCAGCCUACAUGGCUGCUGUGCAACUCGAGUCUGUUGCUGCUCAACAUGCGAAGGAUAAGCUAAAUGUGGAGAUAUUUCCCCAAGGCCCUUUAGUUGAUGGAAAGGACACAUCCAGGGUCAAAGGUUCUAGCCCUGAUGAUUAUGAGAGGUUGGAGAAGGGAUUAAUGCAGUAUGGGUGUGCACAUUACCGAAGGAGAUGCCGCAUUCGUGCACCAUGCUGCAACGAGGUUUUUGAUUGCCGGCACUGCCACAAUGAAUCAAAGAAUUCGAUUAAAACUGAUGUGAUUAGGCGGCAUGAACUUUCACGUCAUGAAGUGCAACAGCAGGUCAUAUGCUCAUUAUGUGGUACUGAACAAGAGGUGGGGCAAAUAUGUAUCAGCUGUGGUGUAUGUAUGGGAAAGUAUUUCUGUGAAGUGUGCAAGCUCUUUGAUGAUGAUAUCUCAAAACAGCAGUAUCACUGCCAUGGUUGUGGAAUAUGUAGAAUUGGUGGCAGGGAGAAUUUCUUUCACUGCUCAAAAUGUGGAUGCUGUUAUUCUACAGUGUUGAAGAACAGCCAUGCAUGUGUUGAAGGAGCAAUGCAUCAUGACUGUCCAAUCUGCUUUGAGUAUUUGUUUGAUUCAACAAACGGUGUGUCUGUCUUGCCGUGUGGUCAUACAAUUCAUGAGAACUGCUUGAAAGAAAUGGAGGAGCACUGCCAAUUCGUAUGCCCGCUCUGCUCCAAGUCAGUAUGUGACAUGUCAAAGGCAUGGGAGAGACUGGACAUGGAACUAGCAAGACUGUCAGACUCCUGGGAUGAUAAAAUGGUUCGCAUAUUAUGCAAUGAUUGUGGGGCAAUAUCGGAGGUGCAUUUCAACUUGAUUGCCCACAAGUGCCUGAGUUGCAAGUCAUACAACACCCGACAGAUUUAAAGUAGUGGAACAUUGAAAGGAUUCUACGUUCUGCAAUGGUUGCCGUAUGCGCAUUCCUUGAAGUUGAUGCGCUCCAGCAGCUGAUAUGCAUCAUCAGGAAGAUAAUAACUCUACCCUUCUGCAAUGGGCGCCAAAUGCGCAUUCCUUGAAGUUUUAUGGGCGCCAAAUGCGCAUUCCUUGAAGUUCUAUGUUCUCCAGCAGUUGAGAUGCACCAUCAGGAAGAUCAUUAGACAAUCUAAUUGUAUUCUCUGCUGCCGUUCAUUUCUUAUGCUUCAUUGGGUUGUGUUUGUGUCGUAUCUUUUUCUGUGUCAAAUGUAACCGUCUCGAAGUGUGGUCGCACAAGUUCACACAAAACCAAGCCAAUAACAAGGAAAAUGUGAGCAGUCA